AUGGAGAAUUCACGGCUCAUCGUCAAAGGACUUCCAUCAAAUUGUACCGAGAAAAGUUUACAACAAUUUUUCAAGAAGUUUGGUGCUAUGACUGAUUGCACACUAAAAUAUACGAAGGAAGGAAAAUUUCGAAAAUUUGCGUUUAUUGGCUUUGAUAAUGCGGCGUCAGCAUCGAAAGCAAUUGCAGAAGGAAAUAACUCGUUUAUGCAGUCAUCAAAAAUACAGAUUGAAAUAUGCCAUCCAUUUGGCGAUGCCAACAAACCAAGAGCCUGGAGUAAGUUUGCGAAGGAUAGUAGUGCUUAUAAACGAUCACAUGGAGAUGAAGCAACGAGCGACACAAAGCCAAGUGGUAGAAAACAGCCUACGAAUGCAUCUACUGGAAACAUGAGCUUUACAAUUGGCAUUGAUCAGCUUGCCUCAACGAUAACUUCAGAGGAAUCACCAAAAACAAAUGAAAACAACAAGUUAGAAGAAGAGCUACUUGAAGGAAUCACUGGCGAUACAAGUCUUUCAUUAAUUCUCUCCGGAUUACCUUCAUCGAUAAAACAGAAAAAUAUUAAAGAAUGGUUAGCGCCUAUUCGAAUAAAAGCGUUGAAAAUUGUUCGAGAUGAUGAAAUUGCGGCAGCGUUUGUUUCUUUCAACCGUGUUCCGGAUGUGCGUCGUGCCCUGCAAAUGGAUGGAAGUUUUCUUGGUGGAUUCAAAGUUUUCGUAAAGAAAGUUAACGAAUCCGAUGGCGAAAAGGAAGCCUCAACAAAAUCUAGCAAUGAAGAAGAACAAUUCAAUCCGGAUGAAGUGCAAAAAGAGGAGGAUGCCAUUAGGGAUACAAUAUUGGAAACCGGUCGUUUGUUUGUUAGGAACUUACCUUUUGUUACGACAGAAGAUGACCUGAGAUUUCUCUUUAAGAAGUACGGGGAGUUGGCCGAUGUUCAGGUCAUCAUUGAUAAAAAAACGGGAAAGUGCAAAGGGUUUGCUAUUGUGGAGUUUAUAUUUCCCGAAAAUGCUGUCGCUGCCUACUCUGAGCUGGAUGGAUCGAUUUUCAAGGGUCGUAUGCUUCACAUUAUUGCUGGAAAUGAGAAAAGGGAAAAUAAAGAUGACAAAAACGAGGUCACUUCUGAAGAUGAAGCGAAGAUUGGAUAUAAAGCAGCAAAGGAAAAGAAAUUAAAGGCUACAUCAGGAGUGGCCUCUCAUUCGUGGAAUGCCCUAUUUCUUGGCCCAAACGCAAUUGCUGAUUCUCUUGCUGAAAAGCUUGGAAAAGAAAAGAGAGAAAUUUUUGACCCAGAUGGAAAGCAAACAGCUGGUGUUAAAUUGGCGCUUGCUGAGACAAGCUUGGUUCAAGAAACUCGGAACUUCUUGAUCGAGAACGGUGUUCAAAUUGAUGCUUUCUCACGACCUGCUGCGAAGCGAUCAGAUAAAGUGAUUUUGGUCAAAAAUUUGCCUCUUGGAACGCAAGCAGACGAACUUGAGAGAAUGUUUUCGAGACAUGGCGGUUGUGAAAAAAUCAUAUUUCCUGAGCGAGGAAUUUCCGCGUUAAUUGUGAUGGGAAAUAAAGUUGAUGCAAAGAAGGUUUUCCAGAGUCUUGCCUAUUCUCGAUUCCGGACGAAACCUCUUUUCCUUGAGUGGGCUCCUGGCGAUGUAUUUGGUGAAAAGAUGAAAACCGAGUCGAGUACAGUCAACGAGGAUAUAAAAGAAGAACCGGAACAAACGAAAGAUCGAAAACGACGUGGAGAAGAGUUGACUGAAGAGGAUAAGAAAGAGCUCCGUAAAAGUAAAAGACUUCGGAAGUUGGAAGAAGCCGCCAAACAGGAUGACGAAGCAAUGGAAGAGACCAAAGAAACCAGCUCAACGAAUUACGAAACCCAUUUAAUGCCAAAGGAAGAGGUCGCUGAAGAACAGGAUGAAAGAGAGAUUGAACCCGACUCGACCGUUUUUGUGAAAAACUUGAGCUUUGAUACCACCGAUGCCCAAUUCGAAAACUUCUUUAAAAAACGUGGAAUGAAAUAUCAAUCUACUCAAAUCUCAAAAAAACUCAACCCGGCCGAUCCCUUCAAAAAAUUAUCAAUGGGCUUUGGAUUUGUUCAAUUCUACACAAAAACAGAUGCUGAAAAUGCAGUUAAGGAGUUGCAGGGUCAUUUACUAAAUGGUCAUGCAUUGGAAUUGAAAAUUUCGAAUCGAGAAGUUCACAAUGAACGGGGUAAACCGCGAAAAGAUGUGGAAAAUACGGAACAAAAGAAAAGCACAAAGAUUCUUGUCAGAAACCUGCCAUUCCAAGCUUCCGUCAAGGAAAUUGAGGAACUUUUUGCAACUUUUGGCGAGAUCAAGACAGUCAGAAUACCGAAAAAGAUGGGAACUCGCGAUCAGCAUCGAGGCUUUGGUUUUGUCGAGUUUAUGAGUGUUGGUGAAGCAAAACGGGCUUUUGAGUCACUUGUACAUUCAACCCAUCUUUAUGGACGCCGUUUGGUGUUGGAAUGGGCUAAAGAUGAUGAUACGGUCGAAGAAAUGAGAACAAAGACAUCUACUAGAUAUAGUGGUAAUGUGGGAGCGAAGAAGCGUGUGAAGAAACGAAUCGAUGAUCUUCAAGCGGAAAUCUUUGCAGCCGGAAAUGUUGGGGAUCCAGAGGACGAUGAAGAA